UCCGUUUGAACAAAAACAACAACACGGGCCGCUCGGAGCAUGCUCUGGUCGGUUUAUGUGUGCAGUAGAGGUACCGGCCCGCCUAGCGUCUGUGUACUGGUGCCGUAGGGGGCCCAGAUCGGUGAGGGUUGUGUGGGAUAAACAGAGAGGAGCUAGUUAGCCCGCUGGCCUCACAGCUCGGUAAUCACGACCCAGAACAGACAGAGCCUUUAACGAGCUGAGGGACGGGUGGACGGCUGGCGGUUCUUCAUCCCAUCCUGCCCAACAUCUUCCUCAGGGGCUUUGCUCACUCAGUCAUCUUAGCUCUGUCAGUGUGCACGACAUCGGACCGGACCGGCGCCUUCCAGCAGAGAGCACAAGCAGCCAAAGCCAAUGAUAAGCACAGCAGAGCGAUUUUAGAGCCGCGAAGCCUCCACGGUCGGUGCGCUGCCUUCCAGUAUCGAAGCAAAAAGUAUCCACAGGGAGGCGAGGGUCCCCGGCACGGACCCUCAAGGCUAGCGAUGCCCGGAUCCACGCCGGCUAGCAGCAAGGCUCGGGUGUACACCGACGUCAACACACAGAAGAACAGAGAGUACUGGGACUAUGACGCACACGUGCCAAACUGGAGCAAUCAAGACAACUAUCAGCUGGUGCGUAAACUGGGCAGAGGGAAAUACAGUGAAGUAUUUGAGGCCAUUAAUGUGACCAACAAUGAAAAAGUGGUGGUGAAAAUCCUCAAGCCUGUCAAGAAGAAGAAGAUCAAACGGGAAAUCAAAAUUCUGGAAAACCUGCGAGGAGGAACCAAUAUAAUUCGUCUGGUGGACACGGUCAAAGACCCGGUGUCCAGAACACCAGCGCUUGUCUUUGAGUACAUCAAUAACACAGAUUUUAAGGAGCUUUACCAGAAGUUGACAGACUACGACAUUCGUUACUACAUGUACGAGCUUCUAAAGGCUCUGGACUACUGCCACAGUAUGGGCAUCAUGCACCGGGACGUGAAGCCUCACAACGUGAUGAUCGACCACCAGCUAAGGAAGCUUCGUCUCAUAGAUUGGGGGUUGGCUGAAUUUUACCAUCCCGCUCAGGAAUACAAUGUCAGGGUUGCCUCUCGUUAUUUCAAGGGCCCUGAGCUGCUAGUGGACUAUCAGAUGUACGACUACAGUUUGGACAUGUGGAGUUUAGGCUGCAUGUUGGCCAGCAUGAUCUUCCUGAAAGAGCCGUUUUUUCACGGCCAAGACAACUACGACCAGCUGGUCCGCAUCGCUAAGGUUCUCGGCACAGAUGAGCUGUUCGGCUACCUGCACAAGUACCACAUAGAACUGGACACUCGCUUCAAAGACCUGCUGGGACAGCAAACACGGAAGCGCUGGGAGCAGUUCAUCCAGUCAGAGAACCAGCACCUGGUGAGUCCGGAGGCUCUGGAUCUGCUGGACCAGCUGCUGCGCUACGACCACCAGCAGAGACUGACGGCAGCCGAGGCCAUGCGGCACCCGUACUUCUAUCCUGUGGUGAAAGAACAGGCCAACGCCAACACAGACGCCACAAAGGCAAUAAGCAACUCCAACGCAACAUGAUAACCAGAGAGCAGGAUGAAUCUUUUUGUUUUUUUUUCUUUUUUUUACCUCAACUUGUGACCUUUUCGUGGCAGAAACCUCUGCCUCCACAUCAACGACCAAACUGGAGCGAGACGCCAGUUAUUACAGAAAACACGAACGGAUCAAACUUCUCCCACCAGAGCCCGGGACCAUGCGCUGCUGGGGUGCGAGUCACGUCUGAGCUCUGAACCCAGCCCAGAACCCGUUCUCCUGCAGACCGACCCGUUUUUAACAGACAGACUGUUGCUGGAUCAGUAUCAAGCCAUGCAGUUGUAAAGAUGUUCGUCCAGAGAUCCAGUUCCACGGUCCAGACCUGAGUGACGUGGAGGCUCUUUUCUGCUGCGGAUAGAACAAAAGCUAUAUUAAAAGAAAAUAAAACAUUUUUAUUUAAA